AGAAGAGACGAAGGAAAGGUACGGUCAAGUUUUUGCAGUCUGUCUCGUUCCUCUUCUGAAAACACCGGGCAAGGGAAAGGCUGUGUACUUGGGAAGCGAAAUUGGGCCGAAGAAACAGUCCAAGGUAGUAGGCAGCCAUCUGUCGAUAGGCAGGGGGGAGAGAGCAGCAAAGUUGGGAAUGCUGCUCGUUCACCCUGCAUGCUCCAAGAGAGAGAGAUAGGAAAAGUGGACGACGAAGAAAGUUGAAGUGGGGUCCUCGGUUUGAGGUUUUUGAAAUUCAGAUUUUUAUUUUUGAAGAAGAAGAAAAUGUGAACAAAACUAGCUCCGGAGAUCAAGCAAGCCUGAGAUGGAGAAGAGGGGGGCGGGGAAGGGCGGAGAAGUGAAGAGAGCUGGGGUGGGAGAUGCAGAACAAACUCCUUCCCACCAGAGUCACCAGUCUUCGGGGACUCCUGGGCUUUCAGGCUCCGAGGGUCUUAGUCCUCCAGGAAGGUCUGCCCUUCGAGGAGAGAGAGGGUGGCAGCGCGGGCAUGGACGCGAACGUGGGUGGGAGCUACGCCCAGCUGAGCUCUGUCUGACCCAGCCUGCUCCUCCUGACCCCAGGCCCUCGGCCAUCGCACUUCACCGCGUAGAGAUGGAAAACAAACACAACGCACGAAGGAAACAUUUGCCCCCAGCCCAGCUCGGUGCGGGAAAGGGGAAGGUGUGUGGCGGCGGUGCGAGAAGGGAGCACCGCGAACCCGCAGCCUUGAGAGCGGGAACCAAGACCUUGCUGGUUCGGAAGCCUGCCCUCCGCCAACCUGCAGACUCAGGACUACACUGCCCUCUCCGAAGUGCAAUGGAGAAAGGCGUCCUUAGAUUCCCAGUACCCAAGAGCUAUCUAUCACCUUCCUCCUUUGCUGCGGAGUCCAAACACGGCAGUUCUAGGUGUCUUCUCCCCAUCCCCCAUCCCUACCCGAUCCAUUUUUGUAUAAAACCAAGCUGUCCCACAGGGUAUGCAGCCACCAAGGGUGGCCUUGGGGGUGUUGGGGAACGCAGAGGAGGGGGCUGAUUCCUGUUUUGCAUUUGUGUAGAUGUCUCCUACGGAGUUUAUAGGAGUCUCAAAAUGGUCAGGCUCCCUGUCUUUUUUCACCACAGGGUUGAGGGAAAGUGGGAGGAAGAUGAGGUUAUUUAAAGCUCAUUUGCUACCAGAACAAAAUGUUCCAGCUCUCCCUCUCCUGUCUCGGAGCGCCUCUGCCCAGCCUUUGAUAUUUAAGACCGACAAGAUCCUCCAUGAAACUACCUGUUAAGGAAAUGAGUGACACCGAAUUCUGAAGGGCUCGUCAUGUCUUAAAAAAAGAAAAAAAAAGUCAACCGCAUUCUUUUGAGAGGGGGGUCGUUCUUGAAGUGUGCCCCAUGGCUGGGGGAGAGAAACAGCAGAGACAUGUAAGCACUGCUGUCCAUCAGCCCCCAAUCCAAACUGUCCCCCAUCAGUCCGCGCUCGGCUCCAUUCCUGAGGACCAGCCUGGACUAUCCUCGCUGGUGCGUACGGACAUCGGCCGCACGAAAAGGGCACAAACACGUCGCUAGACCGCUAGGUUUCGGGGACGACUGGAGAGAUUCCUAGUUGACUUUGGCAGAGCGGGUUUCCUGCCUUGACAAAAACCAAAACCAAAACCACCUCCCCUAGUUAGGGCUUUCCUUCCUCAGCCCCAAGCCAGCUCGCCAAGCAUAAGAUGCCGGCCAGGUGAAUUACCCGAGUUUGAAUUCAACUGUUUUCUUGACAUUUCGGAAAACUUCGAUCACGUUGUUCCUGAGGCUUAAUCUAUUGAUUUGCUAAAUCUAUAGUUUCAUCUCUUUAAAGACAAAACCAAACAAAAACAAACAAACAAACAAAAAACUCAGCGCUUUGGGGAGGAAGGAAGGAAUGGUACAAAAUAUUAUUUUCAAUAGCAUUUUUAUCCAGUUUCCUUUGAUGUUUUCACAUCGUAGCUUUGCGUCUACUUCGUAACAUUACUUGUAUUUUUUGGUCCUGAUUUAUGCUACGACAGGACUUUGUUAGUAGCUGAUUCUGUGAGGUGGUUUAAAAAAAACAAAACAAAACAAAAUAAAACCCUAGUUCUGAAGCGUGUAAAGGCUAUCUGGGUUUAAGCUUGAUCAUCAUUUUAGAUAAAUGAUUAUGAAAUUUAUUGUAAUUAUGAUGCUACUGUUGAUUGCAAUAAUAAAUGUACAUAACUUUU